AUGGAAUACUCUGCACUUCUUGAACCUUCUUGGCCAUUCCACAAUUUGGUGAACUCCCCUUUUGAUCAAUCUGAUCCCAUGAACAUGGAUGAUACUCAAAUGGGUAGCUCAGAUUUUUCUUCUUUGAUCAUCAACUCAGAUGAAUUUUCUGACUUAUCCGACACUUGUUCAGACCCUUUUGCCUCCUUGUUUUCCGGUAAUGAUCUGAUUCAGGUCUCAUCACAGGUGGAGGUAUUCCCAAUGAAUUUGGAAGAAUUUGACCCUAAUUUGAUGAUAGACUGUUUGUAUGGUAGUUUCUUGGAAGGGAGUGAAGGGAGUCUUCCUUCACAAGAAAUCUCCUCACAAUUUUCUAUUGAAGGUGAUUGUGUGUCAAAUUCAUUGGUGACUUCUGAAGUAUCAUCAAUGGACUCGACAUCAAUCCAAACAUCACUAACUUUGCCUGCAGAAGUGGUGGAAAUAGAUAACGAAUCAAGUAUUCGUCAUCUUCUCAAGGCUCAUGCAGAAUCCAUGGCAAAUGGACAGAAAGAGCUAGAGGAGGUAAUUUUCAGAUGCAUCAAGGACAAAGUCAGCCCAAUUGGGCAGAGUUUGGAUCGUCUUGCAUUUCACUUGUGUCGAGAAGUUGUUGAUGAUCAACAAGGCGAUGUUGAUUAUCUGAAACAACAAUCCUACAAGAAUUUUGAGCCUGCAUUCAAGUUGUUCUACCAAAACUUUCCCUACGGGAAGUUUGCUCACUAUGCGGCAAACUCAGCAAUCCUAGAGUCUAUUCCCGAGGAUACAGAGAUGGUUCACGUAGUAGAUUUUGAUAUGGGAGAAGGGGUGCAGUUGUCACAGAUGAUUGAAGCUUUAGCACAAAGACUCAAAACAUUGAGAGUGACAGCAAUUAAAUGGGAAGAUGAAGAAAGUGAUUGUGUUCUACAAGGAAGAUUUGACGAGAGAAAGAAGCAACUUCAGAAUCAUGCAAGAUCUUUUGGCUUAAACUUGAAGGUGGAGGAAGUUGCACUAGAGGAUCUGGUGGGAGAGAUAAAGAAUACAAAAAAGAGGGGUGUAAAAGAAUUCUUAGCCUUCAACUGUAUGGUCUCGCUUCCACACAUGCGGAGGAGGAGAAGCCGAAGUCUUGCAUUGGAAUUUCUGAGACUGGCUAAGGAUUUGUUGGCCAAAUCAGGGAACUACAGGACUGGGAAAACAGGCAUUGUGACCUUUGGAGAUGGGGAGGCUUGUGGGAGACUUGAAAAUCAGUUGGAUUUCAGCUCUUUCUUUGAUGGGAAUCUGGUGCAUUACCAAGCCUUAACAGAGUCAAUGGAAUCAAAUUUUCCAAGUCAUCUAGCAGAAGCAAGAAUGGUGAUGGAAAGCAUUUUCCUAGCACCAUAUGUAUCGUCUCAGGCUUGGUUCCAGAACUGGACCGAAAUGAGGGAAGACUGCCAUGUACAACCAUGGUUUGGGCUGGAGGGUCGUAGACUGAGCAAAGAGAACUUGUUGGAAGCUAAGGGCAUUGUUGGAGACGAAAGCUCCUAUGGAAUUAGGAUUGGAGGAGAGAAUGGAAAUGAGAUGGCCUUGGAAUGGAGAGGGAAUCCUUUGGUCAGAGUUUCAACCUGGGAAAACCAAAGCUAG